AAGGGCACUCCAGGGAGCUACAUCACUGAGUCCUGUUAUCUUCUCCAUGGCAACAGAGCACAAUGUACAGCUGGUUCCUGGCUCCCAGAAGAUCCCUAAAGGAGUUGUAUCUCCCAGGAGUGCUGCUGAGGGCCCUGCCUUGACCAGGAGAAGGAGCAAGAAGGAGAGUUGGCACCCAGGGUCCCAGAAAGCCAGUUCUGGGGACCAGUCCUCUAGCCAGGGCUCUGAGGCCUCAGGAAGCAGCAAGCACCCCCCAAGGACCAAAGUGGGGCAGGAGGAACCAUCCUCAGCCCCCGCCAGGCCAGCGUCUCACCGACACUCCCAUCGACACCGUUCUGACCCCCAGCAGGAUGCUGCCCAAAGGACUUAUGGGCCCUUGCUCAACCGCAUGUUUGGAAAGGAUCGUGAACUGGGCCCUGAGGAGUUGGAGGAGCUCCAGGCUGCCUUUGAGGAGUUUGACACUGACCAGGACGGCUACAUCGGCUACCGCGAGCUAGGUGACUGCAUGCGGACGCUGGGCUACAUGCCCACGGAGAUGGAGCUUCUAGAAGUGUCGCAGCACGUGAAGAUGCGCAUGGGAGGCUUUGUGGAUUUUGAAGAGUUUGUGGAGCUGAUAAGCCCAAAGCUGAGGGAGGAGACAGCUCACAUGCUGGGCGUUCGGGAGCUACGCAUCGCCUUCCGAGAGUUUGACAAGGACAGGGAUGGACGGAUCACGGUGGCGGAGCUGCGGCAGGCAGCACCAGCUCUGCUGGGGGAACCACUAGAGGGCACUGAACUGGAUGAGAUGUUGCGAGAAAUGGACCUCAAUGGGGAUGGCACCAUAGACUUUGACGGUGAGUCACCCUACAGACACCUCUCCCAUGCCUCUAGCACCGUGAACCUCCUUCAAUCCCUGACCUGGAUUGGCCUUUCCCUUCCCUCUCUCCUGCAGAGUUUGUAAUGAUGCUAUCUACAGGCUGAGGCACCUUCAGGGACAACCUACUGGCCCUGGAGGCCAAGACACCAGCAGACACCAGACUACCACACCCUUCCCCAGCAUGGAGAAAUCCCCCUUCCCCCAGGCUGGUUCACCCCCUCACCACACCCAACUCCAGAGUCUGCCUGUGCUGUCUUCUCCCAUCCCCAAGCUGUGGAGAGAAAAAAAAAAUUGAAGCUGGUUACAGUUUUCACUGGAGAACAUGAUUUGAAUCUCUUUAGAUCCUGGAGAGGUAGGGAGUUCCCCACAACUGGCUGCAUUCAAAUGAAUGAGGCAUAGUGCAUUGGGGGAAUUCCUAGGACAUGAUGAAUUGAGAGAGUAGCUAGAUCACUUCCCACUACUUGUUUGUAUAAAGGGUUGUUUUUGAAAAAUGAACUUGGGCCUGGUAAUGACUUUGUAGGUAAAAGUUUAUGCCACUAAGCCUGAAUUUGAUCCCUGAAGUUUGUGUGGUGGAAUGAGAGAACCAACUUCACAAAGUUGCUCUUUGGUAGGCUAAUGCCCUGUUCACACCCCCUUGAAUAAAUAAAUAAAUGAAAAGUGAACUUGAA